UUUUGAGGCGCGCGGAGAGAGGAGGAGGUCCGGACGGGAGAGGGAAGAAAGAGAGAGAGAGGCGCGUGCGUUCGUGGUCGGUGCCGGUGCGCGUGGCUUGGUGGUGGCCGUGCCGUCCGUCCGUCCGUCCAUCCCGCUCUCUCCUCUUCCGGCGCCGGCGACAGCGGGAGGGACUCCCCGGUGAGGAAUGGCUGGGAUGAGGGCUCCGCUCGGCGUGGUGGCGGUGGCCGCCCUCGUCGUCGCCAUCUUCAUGCCCGCCGCCGCCGCGGCGCAGGCACCGGCGCCCGCGCCCACCAGUGACGGCACAUCAAUCGACCUGGGGAUCGCGUACAUCCUUAUGCUGGUGGCCCUGGUGCUCACCUACCUGAUCCACCCGCUGGACGCGUCCUCUCCCUACAAGCUCUUCUAAUCCCUGCUCCUUUUUUCGUUUGGUCAUGCGGUUUAUGGGUGCGAUAGAAGUUUUAGCUGCACAAGAUGUUUAGGUGAGGUUGGGAGGUUUAGAAUGAUGAUUGCAAUCAUCUGAUCUUGGUAUGUACCGAAGGCUCGAAGCCGUUGGUGUUCUGAUUGGUCUGUAUCGGAUUCCAUGAUCUUUGUGCUCAGUCUGUCUCUCAGUUGUGCUUGCUGAUUUGCUGGAUUUUCGGCUGGUGAUUGAGAGAUGGUAGGAGUAUAUGUGCUCGGCUGUGAUUGCCGUUGCAAGUUGCAGCAGCAGGCAUGUGAAGAGGGGGUAGGUGUGCCUGGCACAGCUGACACGAUGGUGGUUUCAUUGUGGUCCUA